AUGAACAUGACCGACAACGAGCACAACUACAACCACAACUAUGCCGCUAUACAAAGAUACAUCCAACGCUCGUACGAAAAUGGGUACGGUGCAACUAAGCCUAUGGUGUUCAGUGCCAUCUGCCAACUACGUGCAGCAGAAACUCCAACACGUGCACCACCAUCACAACGGUGGUUCCAGACAUGGAUUAAGACACAACAACACAACUUCCAUACAAUAAAAACCCGGCCAAUUGAAGCAGCACGGGUUGCAUCUCAUGAAGUAUCAGCUAUUAAAGAAUGGUUUUAUGAAUUUAAAGAUGUGUGUAAUCAACUAGAUAUUACUGCAGGUGAUAUCUACAACUUUGAUGAAGUUGGAUUCCGUGUAGGAAUGAGCACCGGUGAACAUGUGUUGGUACCAUCUGCAGUAAAGGAGUUAACAGAGGCUGAGCUGUUCCAGUCAGAGCUUGUACAAAUUACUACUAUUAUGACCGAGCAACGACAGCGGAAGGUUAGAAGUCGGAAAUCUAUUCAAAAAGGUGGUGCUAUUACAGUUGAACAUGCACGGCAAAGGAUUUAUGAGAAGAAGGUAAAGGAGCAACUUUUAGAAGAAGCACGGGAGAAAAGAGAGAGAACACGCAUGGUGAAUGUUGAGUGUAAGAUGCAGCUCCGUGCUGGCAUCGAUGCACGGAAGGCAGAACGUACACGGAAAAAGGACCUACAUGAAUUUCAAAAAAGUAACCCAGACACGGAGCCAACAAUUGGCUUACGUACAGAAAUCAUUGACCCGGACAUUACACAGAAGAAACGUGAGGAGGAGGAGGAGGCGGGCCGACUGUUAGCCAUCGAGGAGAGUGGGUACGUGAACUUUGCAGGCUUGGACUAUGACAUGAUUCACGAUGCAAGUGACGGUGGCUUUGAUGAUCAAUCACUGCCUGACAAUAUUGAUCCAAAUCUUUUUUAA